AUCAACCUAUAAAAUCCCCACCAAGUAAGUCUUUAAACUUAGCGUGUAACCCCCCCAGGUUGCUAAAAAUCCCAAAAUCCCAAAUUUCAAGAGAAAAUACAGAGGACAUGCCCUCAGGUUUCGUGGUUGUAGCUGUGGCCCUGCACAAUUUUCCUAAAUGUGUCCCAACAGGUAUCUGACUGAGUAAAUAUCUCUAAGGUGAGGUGGUAGACUGGGCGGGGCUGCACAAAGUGACACACCUCUGCCCUGUGAAAGCUUUCAAUACCACAGAGAGGAGAGUGAGGAGUGAAAUAACUGCAGGAACUCCGAGACACAGGACAGGUUUUACUUUCCGUGUAAACACACAUACACAGCUGUUAACAACAGAAAUAAAGUAUUGGAAGCCUAUCAAUUCUGCUGUAUAUCCAUAGAAAGCUGCUCUAACUUAAACAUCUCCAUUUUCUGACACCAGAACAGCUGACACAGUGGACAAAGGAUGACAAACAUCUCACGAUAUCUUGUUAACCACCUGCUGACAUUUUCACUCCAGGACGGGGAUGUGCAGGGUGUGGAGGAAGCCCAGUCACGUCUCUCCUUCCUGGCUCAGAACAAAAAGCUGUGGAGUCAGCAGAUGUACCUGGACGUUGGAGCGGAGGCCAUUCAUCUCCGAGACAUACAGAGCCAGGACGAGCUGGAGAACUACUCUUUCAAAUCCAUCUUCCGCUGCGACGCCAUUAACACCGAAAAACACUUCCCAUCCCUCCUUCUGUUAGUCUGCCAAGGUGUAGAUCAGAAGAAGCCGGACAUUCAUUUCUUUAACUGCGAGACUGUGAAGGCUGAGCAAAUCUGUGACGACAUCGCACGCACGGUUUCCGGUUCCUCCACCAGCAGGAGUAAGAAGCUCCCUGAUGCCCUUAGGCUUCCUCAGAGUGGGGGAGAGAUGAUCGACCCCUAUGAAAUCCCAAGCCCCCCCAUCCCACAUGCUCCAAAUCCCCCACCAUCCAACCCUCCACCUUACCCUGGACUCAGAGCGAACGGCGUGAACAGCGGGCCUGAUAUCUCCUUCCUGCGAGCAGAGAGAGAAGUGGGGAUCCUCAAUCACUGUUUUGAUGACAUUGAGAACUUCAUGGCCAAGCUGCAGCAGACUGCAGAGGCUGCAACGGUGUUGAGCCAGAGGAAGAAGAAAAAGAAGAGAAGUAAAAAGCAAAGCGCUGAAGAAGAUUUACUCACUGCAAAGGCCCGCCCUCCACCAGAGGAGGAGUUCAUCGAUAUCUUCCAGAAAUUCAAAUAUUGCUUCAGCCUGCUGGCCCGUCUGAAAUCAACCAUCUCCAAUCCUUCAUCAGAGGAGCUUGUUCACCAUGUAUUCAAACCUUUGGAUAUGAUGGUGAAAACAACAGGGGGACCAGGUCUCGGAGCCUCAGUGUCCAGCCCUGCCCUGACCAACUCUGCUGUUUCCCUGCUACAAGACAACCUGAACGAGGAGGAGAGGCAGCUGUGGACAUCUCUGGGUCACAACUGGACACUCCCACGCUCUCAGCUCAAAGGACCUGUAGCUCCGUACACCCCUGUGUUCUUGGACGGUUGGAAGCCAGAAGCCCUGAGGGCAGACGGGCAGGUUUGGGAGGAUCCGGUUGAGUCACAGUACAACCAUGAGGACCUCAGAGUAAAACAAGAGCCUCCUCAGCCAGUCAGACGUCCAGACAGCCGCGUCAGCGAUGAAAUAGAUCGCAGCACAUUCCAACCAGAGCCUGAGAGAGUCUACAGCUGCACAUACGAUUUCAUAGCCAGGAACAGCAGUGAGCUUUCAGUGCAGCAGGGGGAGACACUCGAGGUGAUCGAAUCAUCCAAGCGCUGGUGGAAGUGUCGUAAUCGCUUCAACCAGAUCGGGUUUGUUCCCUUCAACAUCCUGGAACCCAUGGCUCACGUAGACAGCCCCGUCACCAACAAACCUCCCAGUGCUCCAGCUCCGCCUCCACUCGCCAAGACUUUCUCUGCAGUCCCACCCAGCCCUCUUGCUCCACCCCAGGCCCCCUCCCACUCCCCCAAGCGCCCACACAGCUUACCAGCAUACAGCCAACAUAUACCAGCUGCAGAGGACACAGAUAAUAAAGUCAUGUUGAUGAAUGACGAGCUGCUCCAGAGGCUGACCAAUGGGAAGAAUCUGAACAAACCUCUGGUCAUCCCUCGUUCCUCAGAGACCUCCGUUCCUCUGGACUACCACUCUCCUCCAGAGGAGGUAGCCGAGUGGCUCCGAGGGAAGGGCUUUAGUGAACCGACGGUGUCAUGUUUGGGGGUGCUGACAGGGGCCCAGCUCUUCUCCCUCAACAAGGAGGAGCUACGAGCUGUGAUUCCAGAUGAGGGCACCAGAGUGUACAGCCAGCUCUCUGUGCAGAAAGCACUGCUGGAGGACGCACGGAGGGCCACAGAGUUGGAGGCAGUCAUGGAGAAACAGAAAAUGAAGGUUGAUCUGAAACUGGAGAGCAGCACAUUGUGAGCAGCAGGCGUCUACAUCAUUAAGAGUGUCAGAUGAAGGAUUGUGUUCUUCUGGUAGUGUUGUCGCUUAAGAGUGAACAUCUGAAUUAUUAAUUGUAUUCACCAGAGAACAAACAUGUGACAGUGACUCCACCAUCUAACAUUGUCUGUGAAGACAAGGGUCAUUUUGACAGAGUUACUUCAUCUUAAAACCAGAGUAUUUGGCAGCGAAUCAAAAAUGCAAGCUUUUAAUGCAAGCAGGAGCUGUUCAAAUGACAUUUUAUCGUUAAAGUACACUAUUUGUAAUGUAUGUUUAUUUUAAUGUGAAUAGUUUUCUUCUGUCUCAUUUCUGCCUAGUAGGUACAGACUAACUUAAAUGAAACGUAUUUAUCUUUGUUUGUAAAAUACUUCUUUAAUAAUUCAUGAUUAACAUGCCGUGACAAUGACAAGACCGUGGCCAGCAGACAAUAAAAAUUAAAAUGGGAUUUUUUUUUAAUUGAGACUUUAAAGAAAGAAGUCCAGCAGAACAUAAACAGAUAUGACUUAACACAUUAGGUAAAGCAACGCAUCCAUUAAAAUUGGUUUGCAAGGAAUUUGGGCCAAAAUUUCAACUUAUGUCUUUACUAAUAAAAGGUAUGUACAGUUAUAGCA